CCUGUCUGUUCGCCGGGUCCCGCCAUGGGCCCCGCCGCUCGCCCCGCGCUGAGCUCGCCCGCGGCGCCGCCGCCGCCGCCGCCGCCGCCCUCGCCGCUGCUGCUGCUGCUGCCCCUGAUGCCGCUGUGGCUGGGCCUGGCGGGGCCCGGGGCCGCGGCCGACGGCAGCGAGCCGGCCACCGGGCUGGGGCGGGGCGCGGCCCGCGCGGUCCGAGUGGACGUGAAGCUGCCGCGGCAGGACGCGCUGGUCCUGGAGGGCGUGAGGAUCGGCCCCGAGGCCGACGCGGCGCCCCCGCUGGGCGGCCGCCUGCUGCUGAUGGACGUCGUGAAUGCAGUGGACGGCGAGGAGAAGGUGCCCGCCGACGACUGGAUUGCGGUGGCCUACGUGGGCAAGGAGCAGGAGACCCCCUUCCACCAGGAGAGCCAGGGCGGCGGCCCUCAGGCCUAUCCCAAGGCCCUGGUCCAGCAGAUGCGGAGGGCGCUCUUCCUGGGUGCCUCUGCCCUGCUUCUCCUCAUCUUGAACCACAAUGUGGUCCGAGAGCUCGACAUCUCCCAGCUGCUCCGGCCCGUAAUCGUCCUCCACUAUUCCUCCAAUGUCACCAAGCUCUUGGAGGCCUUGCUGCAGAGGACACAGGCCACUGCUGAGAUCACCAGCGGAGAGUCCCUGUCCGCCAACAUCGAGUGGAAGCUGACGCUGUGGACCACAUGUGGCCUCUCCAAGGAUGGCUCCGGGGGCUGGCAGGACCUGGUGUGCCUGGGAGGCAGCCGUGCCCAGGAGCAGAAGCCCCUGCAGCAGCUGUGGAACGCCAUCCUGCUGGUGGCCAUGCUCCUGUGCACCGGCCUCGUGGUCCAGGCCCAGCGCCAGGCGUCACGACACAGCCAGAGGGAGCCUGGCGGCCAGGUGGACCUGCUCAAGCGCCGCGUGGUGCAGAGACUGGCCUCUCUGAAGACCCGGCGCUGCCGCCUGGGCAGGGCCGCCCCUGGGCCCCUGGAGCCAGGCGCCGAGACAUGCGCGGUGUGUCUGGACUAUUUCUGCAACAAGCAGUGGCUCCGGGUGCUGCCCUGCAAACACGAGUUCCACCGUGACUGCGUGGACCCCUGGCUGAUGCUGCAGCAGACCUGCCCGCUGUGCAAGUUCAACGUCCUGGGGAACCGCUACUCAGACGACUAGGAGCCCCGGCUACAUCUCUGCCCAUGGGGACCUCUCCCGACGGCACCCCAGCGCCCCUGGCCAAGGCGUCAGGGGGGCCCCUGACAGUGGGGCGGCCAGAAGAGGAAGCGCAUGGGUGGGAGGAGCGAGCCCUCCCCUGCUGAGGACCGAGGGGUUCCCUUGUAUCCAUUCAGAGACAGGGGGGCCACAUCCUAAGAUGCAGGGCCCAGACCUUCCAGUCAAGGGAGAGGGCACCUCCUCUGUGACCCUGGGGUGUGUGUCUCUGCCCCCUGUGGGGAGUGAGUGUGGCCAGGGCUGCCCCUUCCCAAGCUCUGUGGCCUGCCUGGCAGCGCCCCUGGGGGCCCAGGUUUUGUGCGUUAUUUAUUGGAGGUCGGGUUGGGAGGAGCCCUCUGGCUCGGAGGCCCCCCGGCCGGACCCGUCUUUCAGGACACACUGGGUCAAGGCAGCGACGUUGAACCUAAGGGCUCCUCCACUGCCUGUAGCCCUGUCUGCAGGCGUUGGAUCUGGGGACAACAGGCCUGAACCCCUCUCUGGCCCCUGCCGCUCCGCGGUACCCAGGCCGCUAACCAGGAUACUUGAAGCCACAGGAAACGUGGUGCAUCUUCCAGGGGCAUCUUUGCUUUGGGUUUUUUUGUUUGUUUGUUUUUAAAGACUUGGGGUAAGAUGGGGAGGUUUAAUAUGAAAUAAAUACGGAUAUAUUUUAGCAGAA